AUGGGACCUCCGAGGCCAUUUAUUGCUACAAGCUCUGCAACGAGCGCAAAAGUUGGUCAAGAAGAUAGACCCGAUUGUCUGCAAACUGAAGCGCCAUGUACUUCUGCUAGAGUAGAUGAAGAAAUUUUAUUGGAUAGAUCAGAUGAACGGGAAACUGACGAUGGCACUACCGGUGGUGUACCGGUAGUGCCAUCGUCAGAUGGUGAUGAUAUCAUUGAGGAAUCAAAAUCGGGGAUGAAGUUCAAUUCGUUUGAAGAUUCGUUCAGCUAUUAUAAGCAUUAUGGUAAAAAAUGUGGGUUUGGGGUGAUGACACAAAGGAGUGAGAGGUCAGAGAAUCAGAGUGUCAGAUAUGUCACCCUUGGUUGUGCACGGGGAAGGAAGGCCCGAAUUAAGAGUUCCAAUCUCGCCAACCCAUGUCUGACGGGAAAAACAGACCGUAAGGCAAGCAUUAAUGCCUUAAGAGUCGAAGAAAAGAUGUGGUUGACAACAGUCCACAAUACACUUAAUCACGGUCUCAGCCUAAUGAAAUCUCGUUUCUUUCGAUGUAACAGAGAAGUGAGUGAGUCCAUUAAAAGAGUCCUAGACAUAAACGACUUAACUGGCAUCCGACUGAAUAAGAGUUACAGAUCUCUUGUCGUUGGCGCAGAUGAUGAUGUGAAGUUAAAAAAGAUUUUUUGGGCAGAUCCACAUAGUCGGGCAGCCUACCAGUAUUUUGGAGAUGUAGUUACAUUCGACACCACAUACCUAACGAAUAGGUAUGGGAUGCCAUUUGCACCAUUUGUUGGUUGUAUGGACAAUAUAACUCCAAAGGCUAUUAUUACUGAUCAAGACAAAGCAAUGAAAAAUGCAAUUGCUAUUUCCUUUCCAGAAACUCGACAUAGAUUAUGCCUAUGGCAUAUACUGAAGAAAGUCCCUGAGAAGCUUGGGUCAUAUGCUGCAUACAGAAGUGGGCUGAAAAUUGAACUGAUGAAAUAUAUGUACGAUAUACAAACUAUUGAGGAGUUUGAGAAGUGUUGGGCCAAGUUUAUUAACACAUACGACUUAAAUGAGAAUGCAUGGUUGAAAAGUUUAUAUGCAGAGCGUGAGAGUUGGGUACCGGUUUUCCUGAAAGAGCAUUUUUGGGCUGGAAUGAGUACAACUCAGCGCAGCGAAAGUAUGAAUGCUUUUUUUGACAGUUAUGUUCAUUCAAAGACAAACUUGAAAGAGUUUGUCGACCAGUUUGACAGCGUGCCGAGGAAGAAAAUUGAGAAUGAAAAUCAUGCGGAAUUCCAGUUAUUUAGCCAGGUCAUUCCCUGCGUAUCUAGAUCUCCAAUUGAAAAGAAAUUCCAAAAGUUGUACACUAAAGCUAAAUUUAGGGAAGUUCAGCAGCAAGUAAUAAGUGUGCUCGAUUUGGAUCCAUCUCUACUUACAUCGGAUGGUGUAAUGAAGAGUUAUUUGGUAGAAGAUGAAGUUCGUAUUGAGGAGUUCACUAAAAUGGUUACAUAUUCAGUGGACUUUAAUGAAGAAGACUGCAAUGCUAAGUGUUCAUAUUCUAAUGAGCAAUUCGAAGAUGCAAAGAAGAGGAUACAUGAUAUGACUGAAUGUUAUCACGAGCAAACACGCAACAGAUCUUUGACCCAAACAGUGGACACAACUGCAGCUGCUGGUUCACAACAAGUCAAGAGUCCACUUGUUGUUAGAGGGAAAUGA